AUGGAUCCUCCUCCUCCUCCCCCUCCCCCUCCUCCUCUGAGCACGCCAUUGUUAGGUCCUGCUCCCCCUAUCGGAGGAUUCUUGGAUUCUUGCUUAUGGUUCCUAUGCUGCUGUGGUCUAUUAAGUUGCUGCUUUCCUCCUAUUUACGAACCGGGGCCUCCUCCUCCUCCUCUCUAA